AUACAGUACAAGUGGUUUAGUGGUGAGUCUAUGGCUGCUCUUUUACACUGACGCCCUCUAGUGGUCAGUGUUCAAAGUGCAGCUAAGUCUGUGGCUGCUCUUUUACACUGACGCCCUCUAGUGGUCAGUGUUCAAAGUGCAGCUGAGUCUGUGGCGCUCUUUUACACUGACCCCCUCUAGUGGUCAGUGAUCAAAGUGCAGCUGAGGUCGCUUUUGGGACACCACACUGAUCACUGACCUCUUGAUUUGUCUCAAACGAUUCCGUAAACAUUUUAAAUAUCACGAUUUAAUGUAUUAUUGCACUCUUUAAUUGCAAUUUUAACAAGGAACGAGGCCUUUUCAAACUCUGAGAAAUCAAUGUUAUUUCUUGCAUGGAGAGAUGUGGUGUUACCAAAAACCGGGCUUUGAGGCCCUGCUUCUCGCAGAGCUGCAGAAACAGCAGCAGUCCAGCCAGUUCUGUGACAUUGUACUCAAAGCAGAUGGAGUGUCAGUGCCAGCUCACAGUUGUGUGCUCUCAGCUAUCAGCUCUCAGUUCUCCACCUCUCUCUCUCAGACGCCUACCCCGACCCAAAAGAGGCUCCUGGAGUUCAGGUCUCUGGGGGCGUGCACACUCCUGCACUUGGUCCGGUUGCUGUACUCUGGGGAGAUGGUUGGGGAGGGUGAGAGGGAGAAGCGUGAGGCUGUUUCUGCUGCUGCUAGACUUGGUAUUCAUGGGCUUGUGGAGGUCUCUCACAUUGAUGGUGAACACAGAAGAGUGCAGGACGAGUGUCUGUACACAGAGGUGGCGGUGCAGACUGACUCUCAGUUAUUUGGGGAAAAUCAGGUGAGGCUUGGAGGGUGGAGGAGAGAGGUGAAAGAUGGUACAACAGUGCUCUGGAGAGAGAGACUGCCCACUUGUGGCACUGAAAUAUGGACACAGACUGAGGACCUGCAAACCAGUAGUCCAUCUUGUUCACAGCCACCUAUCACAUAUGAAACCAUUGACUUAAAUGCACUUCAGAGUCUGGGUCACACAGAACCUCUUCAAAUCCCUUAUGUCCCCAUGUCUGUGGUCUGUCCAAUUGAAGACAGUCACAGCUAUGGACAGUCUUCUGUGUCAGUUGCCACACUGUCCCCUGCUGUGGAUUACUCUUCGGUUCAUAAUCAUGGUUUGCCUAUUUCAAACCAAGCCAUGCCUUGUGCCGCAGAGACUCCACACUGGGGCCAGAACAUGGGAAGAGCUUCGGGGAUGGACGAAUUGGCUGAUGAGGGGUUUCAACAGUUUGAAGGAAAUAUACCAGGAUUCAUAAACUACUUCCUGAACCCUGAACAUGAAAAGGGCUCUAAUAGGAGACGAGGGAGGAGGAGGCAGGGAGUAGGGUUGGGAGGGGCGAGACAAUCUGGGAUGAGAGGAGGACCACGAGGACGAAGAGGACUGACCCAAACUGUGGAUGUACAGGAUGUGGGCGUGAGCAAACUUUCAAAGAUGUACCUUCAGAGGUGGGGCAUGUAUGUGAACAGAACAGGACAGGGGGGCGGAGCGGUUGGGAGAAAGCUAUAUGUGAAAUCCCGAGAGUUUGUGAGAUCUAGGCGAAGUACACUGAGGCAAAAGGGGCGGGGCCUCGAGCGGGAUAUGGACCAGUAUGCAACCAUACGCGUCAAGUCUGAGGCAGCAAGAAGAGGCCAACGCGGCAGGCCAAGGAGAGGGAUCAGUGCACCUGUACAGGAACUGGUUUCUCCUCCUCAGAGGGCUCGGAGGGGUACUAAAUGGCCGACAGCUCAAGGUCCAGAGGAGCAGCCUGAGCACAUCGACCUACUGCUGGAGGAGGUGAUGAUGGGGAUGGACAUUAUACCGAAUAAUAACGCAAAGUCUCAAAUAACUUCGAGCACCUGUCACCAUGGUGCCCCAGCCGCUAUAGAGAGAGAGAAGAGACAGUGUGGCACCACUACACUGGUUGGUAUGGCGUGCGGAGGCAGAGAUCCGCCCAGCUCCGAGGUGCCUGUCCUCCAGCAGCAGAAUAAAGGGGAGCUCACAGACAUCCUGGACCAGUUCCUUCAGUCCUUUGAGUGUCUGGAAUCGGCUGAAGCACAGAGCUCCUCAGAGUCCAGUGAGUCUCACACCAGUGUCAAGCAAUACAGAAAACACAACAUCCAACUCUCACUGCACACGCCUCACUGCUCAGCCACACCGACACCCAUCCGAUUCGACGCGUCCACAACGUCUGAGACCAGUGGCACUGACAGCCCAGUGGGACCAGCACAGAUUUUUGCUCAGCAAAGCAAAAACUCAGAAAAAGCUUGCCCUGCCAGGAAACGACCAGCACGGAGAAAGAGGGACUUUCUGUUCUCUCUGGAGAAACCCAAGACCAAGAAGAGGCCUGCGGGUGGCGCCCUCAACAAAGAGGAGGUGAAGCAGCGCAUUACUAGGCAGCUGCAGCUGAUUCCUGUGGUCAAACUGGAGCGCAGAGACAUACCGCCAGAAAGCAUAAAGGUCCAAGAGCUCAGCCAGAGUGCUGAACUGAGAGCCAAGAAGUCACCCACCCAACUGUGGGGUACCAAGACCUACCCCAUCAGGAGCAGGUUUAAGGAAGCACAGAUUACGGAUGCCAUUCCAUUCCUUGAGGUUCCUCUUUCAAACUACAAAAGUAAAACCACAAAGCAUGGACUUCUUCCUUCUCCAUCUUGCCGGGGCAUUUCUUUGUCGACUGUUGAAGAACAAAUGGAAAGCUAUGAAGACGAGAAUGGAUCAGACAUGAGGGAGCCCGAACAGAGAGGGAGGAAGAGGGCUUCAGACUCCAAUGAGGACAUGAGCAGCAAUGUUGAAGUAAAAAGAAUUUGUCAUAAUUCUGCGCAAAGUACCUCCCAAACGGCAGACACUGAAGUCAUUGAUGUAGAGACAAUCUCGCCAAGCAGUACGAGCAACACAGUGCUAAUAAAUAACACUGGAGAGGCAGAUGUGAUUGAUAAAGAAAAUUCAACAGACACAGAAAACAAUGCAAUUAUUGAUGUGGAAGGUUUGGAGGGGGACUUUAAUGAGACUGGACUCAACAGAGAAGAUCUGGUCCACACAGAGAUGAUCUGCUCUCUCAGAGCAGACAUUGUCACUGCAGGAAAGCCUGAAGAUUUGGACAAUGACAUUGAUGUGAUUGGCGGCUCAAGUCCCGCCCCCUCUCCAGUGUUCCUCAGCUGGACAGACUCCUCAGAGGCAGAGGAGGACACAGAGGCAGACACUCUGGACCAACAGGCAGUGGCGUUGCCUAAAGAGCGGCUAGUGCCAUCUUAAACGCAGCCUUAAAGCUAGUCUGUGUACUUAUUGCUUCACUUUUGUCUUUUAUUGUUCUGUGCUCUUGUGCUUUAAAACCUUUGAUUUAAUUUAACUGUUACAGUUCAUUGGAAGGGUUAAUCACUAAUCAUCGGUUUAUUAGUUUAACAUCUUUUAUGAGUACCCGGUUCAUUUUUCCUGUUAACUUAAGGAAAAAUAGAAAAGCUUCACUUAAUCUGUCAAAUGUGACAGAUUUCAUGUUUUAUUAGUUUUAAACUGUUUUGUCAAAGAAAAUAUAGUUUAGCAUAUAGUGUUAAAUGUUUUAAGAUGAAUAGUUUUUAAGUAUCUCACUUAAAAAGCAGUUCUUGCUAGAUGUCCAAUGGGGAAAUGGAUAAAAAAAGUUCAGUUUAACAAUUUUAUGGGAUGUAGUUACAGCAUAAUUUGGCAUCAAAGGAAUCAGGAAAUUUAAUUUAGUUAAUAUGACUAUGUCUGUAUUGGUUGUACAUAUUUGAUUAUGUAACUCUGUUCAAAGUUUAUAAUUGUUCUCUCUUAAACUCUUCCUUUCCUUUCAUUGUAAAGUUUUGUCCAGAACCCAAUAAUUCAACAAUAAAUUUCCUUUUCAUUC